AUGCUGCCAUCGUAUUCCCCCAAGGGACGCAAGCACUCGCAGCAACUGCCGCUCUGGAAGCGUGUGGCACUCAUCGGUCUAAUUUGCAUCCUAUUGCUGUUCCUCUGGGUACAGUAUACCAUCCUGACUACGAACUUGGGUGGCGUCCCGGCGCACGUGGGCGAACUGCAGGGCGCCACGAAUCAGGUGGCUCAACGCCCGGAGGACAACCACAAUGAGCAGGCGCAUCUCAGAGGCGACGAACAUCAGCAGCAGCCGUCUGAAAUAAACGCUGUGAAUCACGCGACAGGAGGUGGUGGGGCAGGUGCAGGCCACGACGUAGUCGAUGAGAUGCUGGCGGAUGAGGUUGUUGCAGACGUGGAAGACCCCGAUAAGACGGUGACUGCGGUGCCCUCGGAACAGCAAGAAUCUCGUCGUCUGGCUGUGCGUAAGGCUAUGAAGUUUGCGUGGGGAAACUACGAGGAACACGCGUUUGGGGGGGAUGAAGUGGACCCGAAGAACGGCUGGAAACGUAGCAACGUGUGGGGUGACAUCGCGUGCUCCAUGGUGGACGGCAUUGACACGCUCUGGAUCAUGGACUUGAAGGACGAAUUCCAACGCGCUAGAGACUAUGUGGCGAACCAGCUCGAUUUCUCCCACUUAGGCCGCGAUGGCAACAAACUUUCGGUGUUUGAAACUAUCAUCCGCGAAGUUGGCGGUCUCUUAAGCGCAUUUGACCUCUCUGGCGAUACCAUUUUCAAAGAGAAAGCCAGGGAGCUUAUGGACAUUCUCACGCCGGCUUUCGACAAGGAGGAAGGCGUGUUCUACACGCUUUUUAAUCCGUACACGAAGGAGAAGAGCUUUGCUGGGUGGGCUGGCUUUCGAGCCCAUAUCGCUGAUAUCGGUACACUGCAGCUCGAGACGCGCUAUCUUUCGGACAUUACUGGAGACCCUAAAUACGCCGAGAUGAUCCUGAAACGCGAAGGAUCCUACAAGAAAACAGGCUUGUUCCCAGUGCAUUAUGACCCACGUUACGGGACAUUCGACGUCCAAAGAAGUGUUAUCACUCUUGGUGCGCUUGGUGACUCGUUCUAUGAGUAUUUAUUGAAAGUGUACAUCUAUAGCGGUAAACGCGAAGAGGACGAGUAUCUUCGAGAGCUCUACGAUGACGCCGUGAGGGGCAUGGAGGAACACUUACUGUACUUCUCAAUCCCCGACGAUCUCUACUUCUUACAGGAGAUGAAAGUCCCUUCUUUCUCGGCUGUUCAACGUAUGGACCAUCUUCUAUGCUUUGUUCCAGGGCUGCUGGCAUUGGGCACGCUGUCCGAGACAGAAGACCACGCCAAAAACGCCAAACAUCUCGAGCUCGCUGAGAAACUAAUGGAGACCUGCUACCAGCUCUAUCACCGUCAGCCAACAGGGUUGUCUCCGGACAUUGUGAGCUUCCCGAAGAUGCAGGUGAUUGACCCCAAGUAUCGCCUGCGACCAGAGACCAUUGAGAGUCUCUUUUAUAUGUAUCGUGUCACCAAGAAUCCCAAAUACCGUGAAUACGGCUGGGAAAUCUUCCAAGCGCUGGAGACGCACGCCAAGGUGAAACAUGGCUACGCUGCCAUCUUGGAUGUGACGCAGCUGCCUGCCCAUAUCUGUAUACAAGAUGGAGAGUUUCUUCUUAGCCGAGACGCUCAAGUAUCACUACUUGCUGCAAGCACCCGAGACUCUCAUUCCGCUUGA